UUUGCUGCAGAGAUUUACUUUAUAAGAGGCAACAAAUAUUAAACAUUAAACAUAUAUUUCUUCUAUAAUUUUUAAGCUUAUAUAAUUUUAAAGAUAACUUAACUGUUAGAAUAUUCAUAAAUUUCUAAAACACCAAAAUAGUUGAGGAAACGUUUAUAAAACAUAAAAAAGUAUUAUGCAUCUAACCACAUCUUAUGUUUUCUUAGCUGGAAAAUACCUAAAACUGGAAAUGAAAUGGUGAACCCUUACGCUGGCUACAAGACAAUGAUUAAAAUGAAAUAAAAUAAUAAGAAGACAAAGAAAAACCCUGGCAACACCGAACACACAAGGUAAUGUUAGACUUAGGACAUAAGCUUUUUGCAUCUCACAAGACGCAAACGCGGUUACUUGGAAUCAUACACCAAGUGUUCCCAACACGCGCAGACAUUUCUCCCUAUAUAUAUAUCUAUAAACUCAUACGUUAUAUAUUAUACAACCAAAAGAUCUUACAGAAAGCAAACAAAAGUUUUAUCUUAACACAAAACGUACAAGGCUCCGAAAGAUACCUAAGAAAAUGCUUGAUUGGAUACAUGGAAACUCUCGGUUACCACUCGCUUUAUCUGUUGUGGAGCUUUUGGUAGAUAUGGAUUGCCAAGGAUGUGAAAAGAAAGUCCGAAGAGCUAUUUCCAAACUUGAUGGAGUGGAUACGGUGGAGAUAGACGUGGAUCAACAAAAAGUGACGGUCACAGGGUACGUUGAUCGGGAAGAUGUUCUUAGAAUGGUGAAACGAACGGGACGAGCAGCAGAGUUCUGGCCAUUUCCUUAUAAUGGAUAUUAUGGCGACUACUAUACGUAUCCUUCUCAAUACUUGGAACAACCGAUUCAGAAGAUAAACCAUGCAGAGAAUACUAUUUCAUACAAUGGCAAACACGACUUCUAUGACGACUCUUCUAUAACCGGUUAUAAUUAUCCUCGUCCACCACAAAAAGUUGAUGAAAAUGCUCUUCAUCUUUUUAGCGAUGAUAAUGUACAUGCUUGUGCUGUCAUGUGAAUUUUUGUAUUAUUUGUUUGUUUUUUCAGUUCAUUCAUUCAUUCAUUCAUUUUGUAAUCACAGAAAAUAAAUAUCGUAUUCUUU